AUGGCUCCCAUCACAGCCCUAAUCGACAAGAGCGUCCCAGGUGACAAAGUCAUCAAACUAUUUUAUUGCACCGGGAAAGCUCAACUCGGUCUUGCUCUCUGGUCUGGAACUGAAGAUGCCGACCCAGACGACAAUAUACAAGUCCCUCAAGAUAUCGGCGAUGGUCAAUACAUUACCAACCCUUCUCAUAUGACGAGCGUGAGCCUCCGGGACUCAGAAAAGGUCUUUGCUCUAACAACGGAUAAUCCGUUCAAAGUCACCAACAACGACGACCGUAACCUUUCUGAAAUCUCGCCUUUGUACCGGGUGCAUGAUGUGGUAGAUGUCGGACAUCUCACACUUACUUCUUGUGCCAACGAUGAGAAUGCUUGGGUUUAUUUUAGCAGAUCUUUUGGCAACGGUAGAGCUCUAUUUGAACGUCAAAUUGGUGGCUGGCAGGUAACCCAACUGACCUGGACCCAUGAUCUAUGGAUUAAUUCUUUCGCUUGUGCCUGGUAUGAUACAGAGACCCAACAGCGAAAAGUCAUCUACGAAGGAAGUUUUCUCGUGGAAUACACUGUUGGCAGUGGGACACCCGGCGCAGCGAUCGGCACGGCUGGAGAUAUGCAGCGCAAUAGUCCACUCGCCGUUGUGUUUGACUCUGGUACUGUCUAUCUAUACUACUGCGGAAGGAUGAUUGCUGGAGGUAUUCGACGCGUGAUGAAGUCAGUUGGCUGUGGUCAGAGCGAAUGGGAUUAA